UCGCCUCCCGCUGACUUCGUCCCAGCCUCUGCCCCUGGCACUUCCCGCCCUCGCCCGGAGCCGCGCCGCCGCCCCUCGCCGCCCUCCGCGCCGCGCUCCGCUCAGCCCGCGCUCCGCUGCCUCCGGCCGCGCGUGCUUCGUGGGGGCCCGCCGCCUUCGCCGCCGCCCGGCCCGCGCGACUCGGCGCCCCGCGGUCGUCCAGCCCUGAGACCCCGCGCUCCCGCUGACGCAGAGGCGCCGCCAUCCGCGCCGUCACCACGGCCAACACCGGUGCCACGCGCCGCCGCCGUCGCCGCGCCGCCGCCGCCGCCGCCGCGGCUCGCCUGCCGCCCACCAUGGCCCCGCAGCACGCAGGUAGCAGGAAGCGGAAAGCGCCCGCGCACGAGGCCGCCGCCGGGGGCUCGGCGUCGCCGGGGUCGGCCGGGGCGGACAGAGAGGGGCCGCUGCAGCCCAAGAAGCAGAGGCGGCCGGCGCCGCGACGCUCGCUGGUGCACUACCUGAAGGACCGCGAGGUGGGUGCGCCGGGGCGCGCGGGGCUCCCGGGCUUCGAGCGCCAGCUGAGCAGCCACGCGGUGCGGAGCCUGCCCGAGGUGCUGACGGAGCGCCCGCUGGCCCUGGGCACCCUCAACAAGGUGUUCGCGUCGCAGUGGCUGAACGCCAGGCAGGUGGUGUGCGGCACCAAGUGCAACACGCUCUUCGUGGUGGACGUGCACUCGGGCCACAUCACGCGCCUCCCCCUGAUGCGGGACAGGGUGCCGGCGCUGGUCGGGCCCCAGCCGGGCUGCGGCAUCCACGCCAUCGAGCUGAACCCCUCCAAGACGCUUCUGGCCACGGGGGGCGAAAACCCCAAUAGUCUGGCCAUCUACCAGCUGCCCACCCUGGACCCCGUGUGCCUGGGCGACCGCCAGGGCCACAGCGACUGGAUCUUUGCCAUCGCCUGGAUGAGUGACACCGUGGUUGUGAGCGGCUCCCGCGACGGCACCGUGGCUCUGUGGCGUUUGGACCCUGACAUUUUCAGUGACUGCAUUGCCUGGCGCAAUGUGAUGAAGGUGCCCUUGUAUGCCCACAUCCGCCCGAAGGACGUGGAAGCCAUCCCCAGGGCCAGCAUCAAUCCCGGUAACCGCAAAGUCCGCGCCUUGGCUUUCAGCGGCAAGAACCAGGAGCUGGGCUCCGUCUCCCUGGACGGCUACUUCCACCUGUGGAAACCUCGGAGCAACCUGUCCAGGCUGCUGUCCGUCAGGCUGCCCUACUUCCGGGAGAACGUGUGCCUGACCUACUGCGAGGAGUUGUCCCUGUACGCCGUGGGCUCCCAGUCCCACGUCUCCUUCGUAGAUCCGCGCCAGCGCCAGCACAACAUCCGCCCGCUGUGCUCCCGGGAAGGUGGCACUGGCGUGCGCUCGCUGAGCUUCUACCACGACAUCAUCACCGUGGGAACGGGCCACGGCUCCCUGCUCUUCUACGACGUCCGCGCCCAGAAGUUCCUGGAGGAGAGAGGCGACGCCGUCCUGGACUCCUCUCCAGGCACUGCCCGGAGGAAGCUGAAGCUCACCUGUGGCAGAGGCUGGCUCAAACACGAUGGGUUCUGGGUGAACUACUAUGGUGGUGUGGACGAAUUUCCCAAUGCUCUCUACACGCAUUGCUACAACUGGCCAGAGAUGAAGCUCUUUGUAGCUGGGGGGCCUCUCCCUUCUGGCCUCCAUGGGAACUAUGCGGGCCUGUGGAGCUAAGAAUGACCGCUUGUUCUCAAAGUGCACAAAUUUACCUUCCAGUUGUGUUUCUUCACGUUGCCUUUGUGCUUUUGACGCUGUGUGGUUUUAUUUUUCUACAUGGAGUGCGGUUGAGCUUACUUGUGUAUUGGGAGGGGGGAGCAGGGAAGGAAAUCAGAGGGGAGUCUGUGCAAAUACACUUUUAAGCAAUCAAAACUUGGCUUUAAAGAUGAUUCUAUCACCUUCCUUUAUAGCACUAUGUUUCUGUCUUUUACAGGAAUGACAUUUGUCUAAACGUUAAUUACAUUUUUUGUGAUUCACAUGUGGUCUUCCUUUAGGAUUAUGUACUCAUGAUCCUCACUAGAAUUCAGUACUUAGGUUUUACUUGUACUUCAGUAUUCAGCAGUAUAUUCAGAUAAUUUUACACAUUUCAAAUGUAUGGCAUUGGGGGAAAUUGUAUGCUGAAAAGUGUCUUUGGGGCGGGUCUGUGGAACUGCACAUGAUUUGGUUUGUAACUGUACAUAAAUUAGAAAAUGUAGUUCAAGUUCUACAUUUCCACCAUUUGAGGUGUGUUUCAUUUGGAAACGAGAAACUAAAGUUUGCCAAUUUUGUAUCAUCAGUGCAUAAAAUUCUUUGAUAAUAUGUUCUUUCAGUUAAGGCAUCUUAUAAUGUUCAUACCAUUAAUUAAUAUUCUAUUAAAUAACAGUUUUGUUUAUUCAGUAUAACAUUAACAUCACUAUGCCUCUCCCCAGGCCCUUGGCCCUCUUGUUUAAACCAACUGUAUUAUGGUCUGCUCUCCUGGAUUGCAUUUAUACUAUAGAUUUGCAGUGUAAAUCAGUACUGGCCAAUAUAUGUCAAGGUGAUCAGGGAGGUAUUUGGGGCGGGGGUAAACAUUUCUUUAAAGUACAGGUAACACCAUCCAGGUAGUCACCAUGAAAGGCCAGCAGUUGUGCUCAGAACAGGUGAUUUUGAUUUCUUUUUUAAUGUAUACGGGGAUAAGUCUUUUAUAUGGAUAAAAUAUAUGAUGUACUGAAGAAAAAAUAAAUAAAACAUAUUCAGCAUCUUAGCAGUUGUGAGACUAAAGUUUUUCAAUGCUUAAGUAUAUACUUUACUUUUUAAAAUUGUUUAUAGGAAUCUAUUGAUGAAAGCCAAAAUUUCCAGAACUGAAGCUUAAACAGUAACUAUGCACACAUUACUUUGCACAUUUUUUUAAAAGGAAACUUUUUCUUAUAGGUUAAAAAGAUUAAAUACCACAUUAAAUGCCUUAUAUAAGUGGGCUUUGUGUAAGUUUAAGGAUAAUUAGGUGGUCUUUAAAGAUGUUUUAACAAAUCAUUUUUCAUGUAUAGAAACAUACCUGUUGUACUUUUAACUGCUUACACGUACUAUUUAUUUGUAUAUAUGUUUGUGUAUGUUACUCCUGGUGUGAGAAGAUAGAGAUAUAUACCACUUUAUGUAUGUAACUAUCAUAGUUUAAACUAUACAUAUCAGGAUUUGUCACUUGGUUUUUAAAAGAGUAAAUGCAUGUGUAUGAUAAAAAUGUACUGUACAAAAGGUAUACAGUGAAAAGUUUCAGCACCGGUAUAUAUAUGAUUGUAGGCAAAUUUUAUACAAAUUAUAGCAUGCUGUACACAUCUGUGCUAUUUUAGUAAACAAAAGACACUCAUACAGUUCCACUUAAUUUUUGUUCCAUGUUACUUCACUGUAUGGUUGAAAUGUACAUUUUAUUUGUUAAUUGCACCUUUGGUGAGCAUUGAUAGUGCUUCUUGUUUUGUUACUAUAAACUGUUCUACAGUGAUUACUUAAAAUGAUACAUACUUGUGUGCAUAUGUAAGUAUCAGUAUAUCUGCAGGAUAAAUUUCUAGACAUGAAUAAUUGCUGAGU